UCUGAAUAGAGUUGAAAAGUAAUUGAAAAAUGCAUUUGUACAAAAGAAAGGCGAAGCGAAAAUAUGGCCUGUAAAUUAUAUCAUAAAUGUGAAAGUGAAGUGCACGCGUGCAAAGCGAUGUGAAAACGCAGAUUGCUAGAAAAAAUCAAUUGAAAAGAAAAAUUGCAUUUCGCUGCCUGUUCGAAACGAAAAUAGGUGUAGUAGUGGAAAAUAUUAAGUUGUUGUUCGUGUGUGUGUGUCGCCAGUUGGUGGGGUGUAUGUGUGUAAAAGGCAAAGAAGAAGCAGCAGCAGCGCCAGCAGCAGAAAUAGCCAAAGGAGGCGACGACGACGACGGCACCACCAACGAAAAGCGCAAGCCGCGCCAGCAAUAAAGAAAAGAAAAAAUGAGUUCAAGUUGUGAAAGAAUAGAAUGGGUAGAAAUUAUCGAACCGCGAACCAAGGAGCACAUGUAUGCCAAUUUAACAACUGGCGAAUGCGUUUGGGAUCCACCAGAGGAUGUGCCAAUUAAGCGCACCGACUCGUCACAGUGGUGGGAAUUGUUUGACACAAAUACGAAACGGUUCUACUAUUAUAAUGCCGCCACACAGAAGACAGUCUGGCAUCGGCCGAGUAAGUGUGACAUCAUACCGCUGGCCAAGCUGCAAACACUCAAACAGAACACCGAUCCGAGUGAGCGUCGAGAGCAGACCACGCCACAAAAACAAAAGCCCCAACAGACCCAACAACAACAGCAGCAGCAGCCAUCGCCCAUGUCGGCGGCCUCAAAGAAGGUGCGAGCGCAGCGUGUCAGUGGCGGCAAUGGCGCUGUGGCCAGCUCUGAGGAGAAACUCUCCAGUACAGACAUGAUCUCUAGUCCACGUGGGCGACAAAGUUUUCGCGUCGGAACGGGUGACUCAUCUCGCUCCAUGGAUGUGCAACAGCAAGCCUACGCUUCCAGGCGUUCGCAAGAUUCGAGCAAUCACUAUAAGGAGUCUGGCAAAUCAAGUGAUUCGAGCUUGUCCAGUGUGCACGGCUAUCGGCGAUUCAAUGAUGGAUCCAACGGUGGUGGAGGUGGGGCGAGCACGGAGGGUAUACGUUUGGGUUCUCUACAGAAGCAGCAACGCGUUGGCAAAGAUAAUGGCGCCUUUGAAAUGUUGCAAGAAAGUACCAGCUCACAUAAUUUACCGCAUGGUUCGUCCUCCUCCUCAUCCUAUGUUGGUGGUAGUGGUGGUGUCGUCGUCGGCGACAAAUACUUUGAUCAUCAGCUUCGGCCCAGCCACAUGCAGGGUUAUUGCUCGUCCAAAUCAUCUGAUAUAGCCUCACCCACACAUUCGGUACAUACGCCACAGGCGCAGAAGAAGAAAAUAUCGCCGGAGUCGGCCACAUCGAGGACUCCCUCGGAACGUCAAUAUAAUUACGCACAACAGCAGCAGCAGCAACAACAAACACCACAGCAACAGUUUCAACGCAACGCACAACGCGGUGGUGGCGGCUCCGGAGCUCAUCAUGGCGGACCCGAACGUGAAUACAAGGUCUCGUUGGCCAGGUCAGGAAGCUUUAUGUCCUCAUCCAUAAAUCCAGCGGCGGCUGGUCAUCACAGCAAGUCGUAUCGCACAAAUAGUGAGGCAAACGGUGGCGCCGCCAGCGAUGAUUCCAUGCACGAAAAGUAUUUUAAAUCAGUCGAAAAUACGCCGCUCUCACGCCGUCGCCACACAACAAACGCCAAGAGCCACAGUAGCUCAGGUGGUGGCAGCAACACGGUGGCAAGCAACGCGGGUAGUGCGAGCAGCGGCUACAAGAAACAUUCAAGUGAUUCCAGUCCACAGAGCCCAAUAAGUCCACAGACGAAAACCACUCGGCAUGCCAAAACCACCUCCACAAAUAAUACCAACAAUAGCGCCAUUGCUGGCGCUCUGCCUCAACACUCGCCCGGACAUGGCACGGGUGCUAGUCAAGUCUCAAUGCAACAGCAGCAGCUUUACAAGCAGGAUCCUAGCAGCGGUAUGGAUCUGUUACAGCUGGAGCGUAUUUCGCUGAGCAAACCGCCCACAUCGCCGCAUCUGAGCGACAACUCAACGGGCCCGGCUAAUUUGCUUGGCUUGCUGUCGUACGGCAAUAAUGUGAACAGCGCCUCCUUGCGCAACAAUUUCCCCUCCUCGGAUAACAUUGGCAUGCUGACGCAUUCGUCGCGCGGAUCCAAUGACUCUUCGAGACAGCGUCAGAAGUCAAAUAACUCGACGGCGAAUCGGUCGCAGCAUCAUUAUCAAACACAACAAUCGCAACCGGCGCCCGAUAAUCGCAGCGGACAUGGCUCGCUCCGUCAUUUCUCCAGUCUGGACAAGCGCGCCAGCGGUGGUGGCGGCAGUGGUGGCGGUAGUUACUAUAUUGGAGGCGAGACCAAGCGCGACAAGCGACGCUCCAAGCAGCAGCAGCAUCAUCUGCAUGCAGACAAUAGCGAGGGCGAGUACGAUAAUGGAAACACUUCGCCUUUGUACAGUAACUGGGAUCAGGAGAUGCCACACUUGUUGCCACUGCGCACCUACAUCAUGGAGCAGGCGAAGCAGUCCGGUCGCUAUGAGUACGGCGAUCCCAUUGAUUCGGACUCGUAUCACUCGGAUAGUCAGUCGGAGCACUCGCUCUCUGGUCAUGAGCCGGACAAUGAGGAUUCGGAUGGUGGCUCAGAUACGCAUGGCGGUUAUUUGGAGCACAAUUAUGGCAUGAUUGAUGACUAUAUGAAUAUCGGUGACAGUGCCUCGUAUUAUGCGUAUCAAUAUCCGCCCUACGAUCCAGCCGGACGUGAGGACAUCUCGGACAAUGUGGAGGCUGUGCUUGAAGGCAUUGGUGGGAACAAUGACUCCUGUGCCAAGCCCAAGCCACGCUAUCAGAUCUCGUACUACGACACCGUAUCGCACAGUCCAUUGGCAUCGCAGUACCAACACCAUCAUCAGCCAUCGUCGCAGCAAUCGCAGCAUCAUCAGUCGCAGCAGCAGCAGCAUCAAUCACAGCAGCAGCAGCAGCAUCCAUCACAGCAUCAGCUCUAUUCUAAUACACCACCUCUGCCAUACACUGGCCAGCACGGUCAGCCGCCACCGCCGCCACACCAGCCACUGCAUUUGGAUCCCAACGAUGCUAAGCAGAAACAAUCUCAGACGCUGCCAUCGCCCAAUCGACAGAUUUCGCGAAUUGCGGCCGGCGUUAUGCCGCCGAGUGUGGUUGACGGCGCAGGCACGGGACGCUUUGGCCUCCACCAACACUUUCCCAAAGAUGAUACCAACAAUGGUAGCGGCAGCUUAGUUGCUGGUCAACAAACAGCUGCUGUGGCAGCGAGCGCGAGCAUGUCACGUGCUGGCCACAAAAUGGCACCGCCCUCGCUAAAGCCCACCAUACAGCAAAUAUUUCCGCCCAGCGAGCGUGCGCCCGGUGGUGGUAGCGGUGGCGGUGGUGGUGGCGUCACAACGUUGGCAUGCAUGAAGGAAUGUGAUAUUGAGAAAUUUGCCGCAGACAAUUUGAAUCUGCAUUCGAAGGGCAUCUUUCGUAAAAAGGCCUCGGUGCGUGACAUGCUUAGCUGGACAGCCGAGGCGAUUAGUCGACCUAUGUUAGCCCUAUCGCGGGACAAGGCGGACAAGAAGACCGCCAUAGAGCUAUUCAAGCUGGUGCAAAUCUAUAUGGCUGAUCGGAAGGCGCGUAUGGGCAUGAGCCUAAAUUCGGUGGCCAUUGAUAUAAUCACCGCCUCAUUACCACAACAGCAAUUACGGGAUGAGCUUUAUGUGCAAUUGUGCCGACAAACUACGGAGAAUCCGAAGCGCGAAUCUCUGAUUCGUGGCUGGGAACUCAUGGCUAUUUGUUUGUCCUUUGUGCCACCCUCGCCCACGUUUCAACCCACGCUGCUCAAUUACGUCAAUCGCCAUCGGGAUCCCUCGUUUGCCACCUCCUUCGUGGAGGUCUGUAAGUGGCCCAUACACGUUCAAAUCUCGCACUAUGCCACGGUUUGUUGUCGGCGCUUGGAUCGCAUAGGCAGCAGUGGUCGACGCCUCGCAAAAAAGCCCACUGAGGAUGAGGUCGAGCAGGCCAGGCAACAAAUUUUGCGCAACAGCAUGUUUGGCAACACGCUUUCAGAAGUAAUGGAGCUGCAAAAGGACAAGUUUCCCGGCCACAAACUACCGUGGAUACAAACAACGCUUUCCGAGCAUGUAUUUCUGCUUAAUGGCAAACAAACCGAAGGCAUCUUUCGUGUCUCGGCCGAUGUGGAUGAGGUGAAUAAUAUGAAGAAUCGCCUGGAUCGGUGGGAUGUUCCUGACUAUAAGAACACAAUGGCGGAUGCUCACGCGCCUGCUAGUUUACUGAAACUGUGGUAUCGCGAACUGUAUGAUCCGCUUAUACCCGAUGCAUACUAUGAGGACUGCGUCAAUACCGAGGAUCCCGAUAAAGCCAAAGAAAUAGUUAAUAAGUUGCCCGAAAUAAAUCAAUUGGUCCUAACGUAUUUAAUACAUUUUCUGCAACAAUUUUCGAUUCCCGAAGUAGUCAGUUGCACAAAAAUGGAUUCUUCGAAUCUGGCCAUGGUGUUUGCUCCAAAUUGCCUGCGCUGCACCUCCGAUGAUCCGAAGGUGAUAUUGGAGAAUGCGCGCAAGGAGAUGUCCUUUAUGCGCACACUCAUACAGCACAUGGAUACGACGACUGUGGCAAAACUUGUCUAGAGCCUAAAUUUAACCAAACGAUACGAUAUGUGUACACAAAAAAAAAAAAAAAACAAAACCUAACACAAACUAACACUUUCAAAUAAACUAAAGAAAGAUGAUGGAGAAGAAUCAAGUACCCCUUUACUAAAGAAGCUAACUUUGGUAGCUAGGAUCCGAACCAAUGAGCAUGCCUAUGUAUGUAAAAAAAAAUAAAGUUAUAAUUUACCCCUAAAUAUGACUUAUAGUUACCAAAUCUCUACUCAUAUGUACUUCAAUUUGUAUUCAUACAAAAAGAGAAACUCCUACUACCUUAAAACUAAGCUAAUUUUGCUACUCGAAUUUCUUACUAAUUGCUACUAAAUUUAUGAAAUACUUAAUUUUAUUUUAUUGCGUAAGCCUGCUUUAACAAAAUACUCAGAACUCAAACGUAAUGCGUAGUGCUUUCCAAACCAAAAAUCCAACUCGAGAGAACCAUUCAACUAACAAACAUCCUUUUAAUUAUAUCUAACAGAAGAUAUUUAACCUUUUCAAAACGUUCGCUUACGCGCCAUAAACUCAAUGUGUGCAUGCCUAGUUAUGUGUCAAAGAACAAGUAGCAUCAUUUUAUUUGAAAUAUGUUUUUUUUUUUAAUUUAAAAAAAAAAAUUCCAUACAAGCGAAAUACUCAAAAGAACAAUUAAUUCAACAAUUUAUUCAAAAGGUGCAAAAGCAGCAUAAAAUAAA